ACGUUUGGAUUCUGAAUUAACGGUGGCAGAAUAUGGAUGUUAGUCUGUGAUGACAGCACAACCGAAGCCGGAGAUGAAGCCGGAACUGCCUUUGCAUCCUACAGCUAAUGUGCAGCCAGGAGCACCAGCCAAACAUGUCCAGGCCUCUGGAAAGUCCACGAGUCACUCAGUUGGCAGUAUGAAAAAGAACAAAUCCAAGUUAGCGACUUGGUGGAAGUGGUUAGCAAUCCUGACAGCCACCAUCUUUACUGCUUUUUGUGUGGUCUUGCUUUGGGAUUAUCUGCACGAGGAUGGCUUGGUGCUUGCACGCCAGGCUGAUGUGUUGGAAGGAAAGUUUUUUGAUGUACCAUGCUCCAAAGAUUAUGAAAAUUACAAACGAUUUGCAGGUUGUACUCCAACAAAGUGUGGAAGGGCAGUGAAAGAUACAGUGGUAACUCGAGAAGAAGCAGAGAGGAUGUUACGUAUAGCCAAGAAAGGGCUGUCCUUGGGAGGAUCAGAUGGUGGGGCUUCCAUUCUAGAUUUGCACUCUGGAGCACUAUCAAUGGGGAAACAAUUUGUUAAUAUCUAUAGGUACUUUGGGGAGCAAAUAAAAGAUAUAUUUGACGAAGAAGACUUCACACUCUACAGUGAUGUGCGAUGGCGCAUUCAACAAGUAAUAGCUGAAACAUUUGAGAUUGACUCAACUCGCCUGCACCUUACAAAGCCCACCUUUUUCUCAAGGAUGAACAAUACUGAUGCCAAGACUAUGCAUGAUGAAUAUUGGCAUCCGCACAUUGAUAAGGUGACAUAUGGAUCAUUUGACUACACUUCACUAUUGUACCUCUCUGACUAUCGGACUGAUUUUGGUGGUGGGCGAUUUGUGUUCAUGGAUGAACUUGCCAACAGAACAGUAGAGCCUCGGAUAGGUCGUGUUUCAUUCUUCACAUCUGGUUCAGAAAAUCUUCAUUAUGUGGAAAAGGUGGAGUGGGGCACUCGAUAUGCCAUCACAGUCUCAUUCAGCUGUGAUCCCGCCCAUGGCAUUGAAGACCCUUCUUUACCGUAGACUGGUUGGUGCCAUUGAAGAACAGAAGCAUCUUGGCCCUAGAAAUAAACUAAUAAAAACAAAACAGUAAAUCAGUUAUACACCCAAAAAGUUGUUUUUUAAGCUAGGUUGAAGAUCAAAUCUGGAGGGAAAACUAUUGUAUUAGAAAUCAACUUGGCUCCAUUGUCCCAAGACCUUUACCUGUGUUUCAAAAAUAGUUUCUGUUUAAAGGUGUACUGUUUAUAUUGUAGUCCUGAGUCACACUGUUAAAGUAUGUUAAUAAAUAUCUUUAUGUAAUUACGAUUUGACUGAAAAACAUGACAUUCAACAGUGUUGUUAUAUUGAUAUUCACUAGUUUAUUGAAAGUGUUAACUGGCUGAGUAUUGAAACUGUGGAGUAGCUGGCUGUUAUCAUUGGAAUCACAGAUUGGACUUCCGUUUUUUCUAUUUUGACCGUUUAGUCUUUAAUCAGAGCCUGCAUGUAUCAUGCUCUUUCACAUUAAGUAUGGUCACCUUUUAGAUGUUUAUUCAUUAAAAAUGGUAUCAGGUUGCCUCUACAUUAAAGAGGCACAGUUCUAUUGGAGUGCUUUCAGGACAGGUUCAGCUCCCGCAAUAAGUGCCAUAAUUGACCUCUAGCAACAUUUGUGCCAGAGUAGAUUUGCUGAAAGAAUGUGUAAGAAUAAUUGAUGGGUGUUUAGUGUUGAAUAUUUGAUACUCUUCUUAGCUGAUUCAAGUUUUCCUAUAUUAAACAGACCUGCAUAAAAUAAAUCUUUUCAAACAACUCUACCAACAGCCUCAAUAAACUGUGUAAUUUGUUGAAAACCAUUUAACUUUUAGUUUACCACAGAGGCCAAGAAAUAAUUAGUAAUAUAGUUGUCUCCCUUCAUACUGUUCUAUUUCUCUAAUUCUGUGUAUAUAAAAAUAACAUCAAUAAAAAUAAUCCAUCACAGCA